CUAAACAGGCUGGGCUGGGGCCCAAUUCCCACAUUCCGUUUGAUAGAAACAGAUAAAAAAGAGAGUUAAAAUACCGCUGUUUUUUUCCUUUUCCUUCUCUAACUACUCCUCUCUCUCUCUCUCUUCAGUGUUCUUCGCGCUUUCGUUCGCUGUUCCACCGUCUCCUUGCAUGAGUCUCUCCCCGUCAGGGCUUCUUCGCUAUGCUCGACGGCGGAAGUCGACAAUUCCGGAAGUUGAAGACUCUAAAGUCUUGAGGCCAAGUCAACUACAAGCUGCGGCGGCAGCCGUCGGGGUUUCUCAUUCAGUUUCAGGCUGUGUACACUCUGAACCCAUGGAGGAAACAGAAGAGAACCUUCAGGAGAGUAGUGAUACUAAUCCCACUGAUCAUAGUGCUGGUAAUCUUGGGGUGGUUGUGAGAGAGUCGGAAGCGGAAUGCCUGGUUGAUUCGGCUUUUGGGAGAGAGAUGAUUUCGGAGAGUGAUAAGCUAGUUGAUUCAGAUGGAUUGCCUGUGACCGAGGACAUGGCGGGAGCUUCCAAGUCUGUGGUCGAUGCCGUUGAGACUGGAAACCCACAAGAUGAACAACCACAAAUGGAUUUGGAUUUGAGAGGAUUGGUGAGCUGUGAAAGGAAGGCUCCCUUUGAUCUGAGCAAUGACUUGCAGAUGGAUCCCGAAUGUGGAGAUGGUUACCUUGAGAAUAUAGGGAAGAAAGUUGAGGUUUUGGAAUCUCAAUGCCAUGUUGUUUCAAACUUGGUGGUGAUAGAGAGUGGAAACCUUAGUGUUGGUGGAGCUUCCGGUGAUUCACAGAGAUCAUCCAUGGAGUCUCUGUGCCAUGAGUCUCAUGUUACUCAGGUUGAGUUGAUAACUGCUAAUGCAAGCAGCCAGCCACACGAUGAACGGCUCAUGGAUGUAGAUUCUAAAGGAGCCGAGAGUAGCCCUCACUGUGAAAGGAAUGCUCCUUUUGAUCAGAAUGAUUCCCUGCAGAAGGAUGCAGAAAUUGGAAUUGAGAAUUCAGCACCUAAAGUUGAGGUUUUGGAUCCCGAAUCUGAAUGCAAUGAUGUUUCAACCCCGGUGGUCACUGAGGGCGUUCAGGAGAGUAGAAAGCUAAGUGAUGGAGCUUCUGGUGAUUCACAAAGAUCAUCUAUGGAAUCUCCUUUCGUAGAAUCUCACGUUACUCAGCCCGAGGCGAGCGCUUCACCAUCUGAGGGCCUUCAUUCUGACAACAUUGGCACUGCAAGCGUCGUCGAGCCACAUGAUGAACGACCUAUGGAAGUAGUUCAGAAAGGAGCAGGAAGUAGCCAUCUCUGUGAAAGGAAUGCUCCAUUGAAUCUGAAUGAUACUGUGAAGAAGGGUGAUGAAUGUGUAGAUGGUCACAAUAAAAAUUUAGGGGUGGGAGCUGAGGUUUCGAAACCUGGAUCCCAUGUUGUUUCAACUAUGGUCGCAGCAGAGGGGGUUCCAGAGAGUAGAAGUGACAGAACUUCUGGUGAUUUACGGAGAUCAUCUUCGGAAUCUGCUUUCGCCGAGUCCCUAGUUACUCAGUCUGAGGUGAGAGCUUCACAGUCUGACAGCCUUCAUUCUGACAACAUUGGCAUUGCUAGCACUGGUCAGCCACCUGAUGAACGACAUAUGGAUCUAGAUUCACGAGGAGCCGAGAAUAGCCCUCACUUUGGAAGGAAUAUUUUGGUUGGUCUGAGUGGUUUCUUUCAGAAGGGCGAUGAAUGUGGAGAUGGUUACAGUAAGAAUGUAGGGGCAGAAAUUGAGGUUUCGAAAUCGAAAUGCCAUGUUGUUUCAACCAUGGUGGUGGCAGACGGGUUUCCACAGAGUAUACAGCUAACUGAUGGUGGAGCUUCUGGUGGUUCACAGAGAGCCUCUGCGGAAUCUCCUUGUCACGAGUCUCUUGUUCCUCAGCCUGAGGUGAGAGCUUCAAAUUCUGAGGGUCUUUAUUCCGCCACCAUCGGCACUGCUAGCACUGGUCAGCCACAUGGUGAACCACUUGUGGAUGUAAACUUGAGCGGAGCUGAUGAUAUCCCUCACUGUGGAAGGAAUAUUCCUUUGGAUCUGAAUAAUUCCAUAAAGAAGGGUGAUGAUUGUGGAAAUGGUCACAAUGAGAAAUUAGGGGCACAAGUUGAGGUUUUGGAACCUGAAUGCCAUAAUGUUUCAAUUAUGGUGGCGGAACAGAGGGUUCCAGAGAGUAGAAAGCUAAGUGGUGGAUCUUCUAAUUCCCAGAGAUCAUCUGUUGGAUCUCUUUGCCAUGAGUCUCAUGGAACUCUGCCUGAGGCGAGAGAUUCCAAGUUCGAGGGCCUUCAUUCUGCCACAAUUGCCACCGCUAUCAGCAGCCAGCCACAUGAUCAACGACCUAUCGUUCUAGAUGCGGGAGCAGCAGAGUAUGACCCUCAUUGCAAAAGGAAUGUUUCAGUGGAUAUGAAUGAAUUCUUGCAGAAGGACGAUGGGUGUGGUGAUGGGUACAAUGAGAAUUUAAGGGUGCACAUUGGGGUUUUGGAACCACAAUGCCGUGAUGUUUCAACCAAGCCGGUGGCAGAAGGGGUUCAAGAGAGUAGAAAGCUAAGUUAUGGAUCUUCUGGUGAUUCACAGAGAUCAUCCAUGGAUUCUCCUUGCCAUGAGUCGCAUGUCACUCAGCCUGAGGUGAGAGCUUCACAUUCUGAGGUUCAGCCACAAGAUUGGCCUAAAGGUGCAGAUUCUGAAGCAGUGCGGAGUAGCCCUCACUGCAACCAAAGAUGUCCGGAUGCAAAUAAUUCUUCAAAGAAAGAGGACCAAUGCAGAGAUGAUUACUAUGACAAUGUAGGUGCUCCAAUCCAUGUUUCGGGUACUGGAAAAGAAAUACCUUUACCAAGGGUCCCUCAUCACUUCAUGGGGAUGAAAGAUGGCAAUCCAUGUCGUCUCCCAAUUGGUAACCAUUUGGAGGAGGAUAUUGAUGAUUUACCACCAGGGGUACAGAGGGGUCCCCGAGACUAUCUAAGGGGAGUUUGGGAUUAUGCACGGAAGGCAGCUCACCAGGCUAGGGUUAACUCACUGGAGGCUUCCGUGGCUCAAAAGCGGGUUCGUGAACUGGAGUCUCAAGUGCAGUCUCUGAACCAACUUAUGGAGGAUUGGAAGCAUAAGGCCCUAGGUUUCAUGGAGCGUAGUCGUUGCUUUGGGAGUUCCCUUGCUCCUAUUCACGUUUUGCCAGUCACAGGGACGGGACUACCUGAUGCAGAGCCAUGUCACCGUCUUCCUUUGGCUGCUACUUCCACGGGAGCUGUAUUCACUCCCAAGGAAAAUCCACUCGUUGAGGGCAUACGAACGACUCCCCCAUCUGGGCCUGGCGUAUCGAUGGGGUUCACACCCACCGGACGAUUAAUAGCCUGGGCUCCGGAGCGUUGCUCCUCUAGUGCUUCACCAACCGCGAUGAACAAUGACACCUACCCUUCAUCUAUUCAACAUCUUAGCAUUAGUACUGACGCCAUCAAGACUUGCACUUUGCCUCCUACUGGUGGUGUCUUGGGUUCCAGCGCUAACUGUGUUCAGAAGCCACGCCAUGUACGAAGGGUGAGGUUCGAAGGACUAGACGACGGUGAUGGAAAUGUGAGGCCUUUCCAUGUGCCUAAGAAGAGGAGGACACAUGACUACUCGUCUCGAAAAGAAGAAGCACCAACCUUGCAUAAGACCUCUGACGGUUAGUACAAUAUACAUGUAUAGACUAUAGUAAGUUACAGAGUACAUAGGGGCUGUCUCUAUAUGGUCGAGAAGCAUUAUUUAGCUACCCUUUGCUUAGGCGCAUUGCUUCAAAGAAGAGAAAUGAGAGAAUCUGCUGUUUCCCUCAUCUUGGCUUUUGUUUCCUUUUUUUGGUUGGCUAGGGAUGGUUGUUGCAUUGGCUUCUGAUUAUUUAUCGUUAUGGUUCCUUCCUGACUCAAAUUUCCUCGCUAUCGUUUGUUAGAAUAACACUACUUCGGUAUCUGCUGUGUUGUGUGCUUCGGGUUACCUGAUAACAUAUCGAGCUACUUCAAUCAGGAAUAGCACAAAAUACUUUCAUUUCCUUGUAUAAAGCGUACAUCGCAGCUUCAUGAUCCAGGAAUGUGAUUUUUGUUACAUGGGAUGGUCCGUUCCCUCCAUGUCAUAUAUAUAUAUAUAUAUAUAUAUAUAUAUGCUGUGGUGAACCAUUGCUACCAGUUUCUUGUUUCUGAUGUCUUCUGAAAUAUUGGUCUGAACUCCUAGUUGAAGCAGGAAAUCAAAUGUAUGGACUACCUAGUGCAGUUUCUUAUGAGCUUUUCUGCGGUUUUAGAUAAAGGCGUCUUUGAAUGGGAGUUUGUGUUGAGGGAUUUUUAUAGCACAAUCUCUCGAUUCUGCUGCAUAUUCAAGUUCACUGCUACGUUGCUGGUCUUUUGGUUGUCUCCCUCUCGUUGCAGUGCUUGAACUCGACCUGCCAUAUAAUGCGUUUUCAUGUGAUAAAAAAUCGGGCCUCGUUGUUGCUUUUGCUCGGCUUCAUUCAUCAAAAGUUUUUGCCCCUCAUGCAUUCUCCCUCUCCGGUUCCCAAUUCACUAUCUUUUGUCCUGCAAAUUGCUCCAAAUGAAAAUUGUUGUUAGGAUCCCAACAAUGUCACUCUUAUCAUCUUCCGAUAAUAAUAUUAGAACGCGCAUGUUUCAUUCAAACCCAUAAUCAACAUUCAACACUCUUUGACAAGGCAACAUGAAUGAUAUUGUCUCAAUGAUGAUGAAGGAACCCGCCCUUGUUCACAAGCAGGGCUACAAAUGAAUCCACCGGGUUGACGAUUGACACUCUGCUCAUGUACUAACGAGCUGAGAGCUGAGAGCUGAGUUUUAGUUAUAACUUGUUCAUAUCAGAAGGCUGAUUAGUCAAUUUGACUCGGUGGGUUGUUGAUGUCAACUUGUGAGUUGGUUUCUUUGAAGUUCAUGAGGGAGCUCACGGUUGGCUACCGAACUAGGUCGAUUAAUGACUUAUUGAUAAAAUCAAUCUAUGACAUAUGGGUUAAUUUGUUGAUAAUUCAUAUUUUUAUUAUAUUAUAUAUCUUGCCACAUAUGUUAAUUUGUUGAUAAUUCAUAUGUUUUAAUACUAUCGAGCAUGUGAGUAAAUAUGUCACAUUUAUAAUUUAAAAGAUAAUUUAUAUGUAAUGUAUAUUGGUUAUAUACUAGUUAUUAUUAAAUAAUUAUAUACAGACUAAAAAAAAUACUAUAUAUGAGUUUGAGUCAAGCUCGCGAGCUGAUGAGAAGCAACGAGCUCGAGUAGAACUUGUGAACUCAUUAAUGAUUAUAGCUCGAGUUGGGUUAGAGUCAAACACAAGUUAAGGUAUUACGGGCCGUUUGCUUCAUGGAUUUUAUAAAUGAAGAUUUUACUAAAACUUGGAUUUUGUAAAACCAUGGAUAUAUGAGGGUUUUGAGUUCAUUAUGGACUUGAAAAAUAACAUUGCUUGUUUCAUAGAUUUCAUGAUGGAUUUGGUUAAUUAGAUUUGUAUAAAUAAAAUGAAAUUGACCUAUAUUGCCUUCAUUAGUAUGAGGAUAGGGAGGCCAAAUUUGCCAUAAAUGAUGGACUUGAAAAUCCAUGAUCAAUUUUCACAAAGUGUGGAACUUUCAAGUUCGUGGAUCCCAUGGAUUUGGACUCUUAAAAUUCGUGGGACCAACAGAUUUGUUGCUUCUAAAUAUAUCAAACAAACAAUAGAGUUUCGA